AUGAAGAGCCCGCUGGACAUACGAAACUACCGUGCGCUGACCCUGGGCAAUGGCAUGAGGGUCCUGCUGGCAUCUGAUCCAGAUGCAGUCACCGCUUCGAGCGCGCUGUCCGUCCACGUUGGCUUCUACUCGGAUCCCGAGGAUACUCCCGGACUCGCGCACUUCUGCGAGCACAUGCUGUUUCUGGGUACCAAAGAGUACCCAGAGGAGAAUUCCUUCGAAAGCUUUCUGGUUGCGAACUCUGGCAGCCAAAAUGCUUUCACAUCAGAAUCGAGCACAACGUACUUCUUUGAGGUUUCCCCGAGUGGUCUCCGCGAGUCACUGCAGCGCUUUGCGUCUUUCUUCCGCGAGCCGCUCUUCACGGCCUCGGCCACAGAGAGGGAGGUUAAUGCCAUCAGCUCCGAGUUCGCAAAGAAUCAGGAGAACGAUGGCUUUCGGUUCCAGCAGCUCCUGAAGGGCACUGCAUCCAAAGGCCACCCGGAGAGGCACUUCGGCUGCGGCAACCGGAAGACCCUGGUGGAGAGCCGAGGCCCGGAGCAACUUCGGGAGUCCCUGCAGACGUUCUUCGAAGCAUAUGAUCCCGCAGCGAUGUCGUUGUGCAUUGUCGGCAAGGAGCCGUUGGAUGUGCUUCAAGCUUCGACGGAGGCAUACUUCGGAUCCAUCCCGCAACGCCGUCUGGCUGACCGGCCCUGGAAAUCGCUAGACCCAUAUCCACCGCGGCUCUCGCGAGGCACGCCGCUGAUCGUAGAGGCGGUCCCAGUGUCCGAAGCGCGUUCCGUGUCUUUGACGUGGACGAUCACCUUUCCCGACCGAAAAGCACGAGAGGAGUUUCUCGUGGCCAAGCCAGCAGACUACAUCAGCCAGAUCCUUGGCCACGAGGGGCCUGGCUCGCUUCAGAGUCUCUUGAAGAGAAAGGGCUGGGCCAACAAGACCAUCGCGGGGGUGGUCUUCGACCAGGACGAUUUUUCUAUCUUCAAGGUGGGCUUCGAUGUCUCCGAGGAAGGUUUGCGCCAGAAGGAGGCUCUCUACGGAGCGGUCUUUAGCGUGCUCCGGCAGAUGCAGGAGCGCGGCAUGGACGCCGUGCCUGACUAUUCCAUUCAGGAGACGCGAGAGCUCGCAGAGCUGCGUUGGCGCUUUGCCGAGAAGCCAAGGAGUCAACAGGCCACGCUUGAGGCUGUGGAGGCAAUGGAGGACCGGCUAUCGCCUGCAACUUACCUCAGUAAUCGUGUGCUUCUCUUUGACCCACCAGAAGAUGGGCCGAACAAAGGCAGCCUGAAGCGAGCGAUUUUCGGCCUUCUCCAGCAGCUCACACCCGAGCGUGCACGCUACGCCACCUUCGCGCGGGAGAAUGCGGGGAAGGCAAAGCAGACGGAGACGUGGUACGGCGUCAAGUAUGCAGAGACGGAGCUGCAAAAGUCGGCCUUCACAGGCUGGUCCACCCGGCCAACGGCAGACCUACUGGAGGGCUGGAGCUACCCGAAGCCGAAUCCUUUCAUCCCCAAAGACUUCGACCUGGCCUGGCCACAGGCCUCGUCUCGGGAGAAGGCUGCUGCCUCCUCGAGGCCCCCUGAGCUGAUUCGGAAGGAUGACCGGUGGCGAGUCUUCUUCAAGGCAGACCAGUCUUUCGGCGUGCCCAAGGCAACCGUCAUAUUGCAGUUCUGGUUUCCGGACGCUGAGCACAGAUCCCCCGCAGCUCCCGGAUCUGCAGUGGACACGCCCGAGGGUCGAAUCGUCGCUCGCAUCUGGCAGUUGUCCUUGGCUGAUCGCCUCACCGAGGAGUACUACGAUGCGCAGCUUGCUGGCCUCAACGCCGGCUGUGGCUCGACUACCGUGGGGCUGAAUGUCAGCUUCAGCGGCUACAGCGACAAGCUGCCGGUUUUCGUGGGAGAGGUCCUUGCGAAAAUCCGGGACUUCGACGGACCUUCGGAGAGUGAGUUUGCGCGGGCGCUGGAUAACCUGAGGCGAGAGCAGGCUUCUUUCGACGUCCAGCAGCCUUUUGCACAUGCAGCCUACUUCUCCCGCCUGGCGACCUUCUGCCCAGAGUAUAGCAUCGAAGACCUGCGGAAGGCCACCAGCAAGGCCGAUUCCCGAGCAGACGUUUCCUCGAAGCAAAGCUCCCUGGGGCUGCUUCGCAGCGCAGAGCAGGGCUUCUUUGGGCAGGCAAUCGCAGAAAGUGCUGUUGAGGACAUGUUUGCCUUUAUCUUCAUGCUGGCCGUUCGGGAUGUCUCCGCUGCUAGAGACUCGUUCAACGUGGCUGAGAUGGUAACGCUGGCUGCCAACACUAUGGAGCAGAGCAGCCAGUUUCAUGAGCACAUGGCUGAUGUGGCUGAGCAUGGGUCGUUUUCACUGAAAACGAUGUGGGCGAAAGGGAAAGAGAAUCCUCUGUUGGGUAGCCUGCAUUGGGCAAACGCCACGAUCACAUUCAGUUAUGAAAGCGGCGGCGAAGGGCAGCCAGAGAAGUACGUGGAGGUCAGGGGCAUGGACACGAAAUAUCGCAUCCUGCCAGACGCCAUCGUGAUGACCAAGGAAAUGAAGACCAUGGCCGUUGUCGGCAUCUCGGGGUGGCAAGCCUUUGACGGCAGAUCCUGGGGACCUAGCAAAUAUAGCAAGGACGAAAUGCUCUGGAUCCGCACAGAGAGGAACCCUAUCAUCGGCGUAACCACCAGCAGCACCAUCCCUUGGCGCUAUGCUGGUUAUCCCGUCUACAGGAAGGGUACCGAGAAGCCUUACUACCUCUACAAUGGAGUCCAGAGCACCAUUGACAUCAACGCAGUGACGAUGGCUCCGGAAGAGACAUCCUCCGAAGUUCACGUGGAAGUCGAAGGGCAAAGCUCUAAGCCGCUGAACUCUCCAGAUACAGAACUCGUGGCAAUGGUGGACGCCAUGCUCGGCCAGAGCUCCUGCCUAAACAGUCCCAGCCUGUGCGCGUUCCGGUGCUUCUACGACUCCGACGACGACGUGUGUGGACCACUUGCCUUUUGCAAGAAAGUCACCGAAGGUGAGACGCCCACUGCUCUGGCUCCGUUUGGUAACCAGCAGAAAUGCAAAGCGGUCGGUGGCAGUACCCAUGAGGAGGCCGACAGCACACUCGAAACUAAAGCCAUCCCCGAAUUGAAGAUGAAGGCACUGGACGUUGUCAAGAAACUGGAAGACUUGGAGGCGGUUUCCGCAUCAAGCGCCGGCCGUUCGAGUAUGAAGAUGACUGCAGAGCUUUGGGAAGAAGCCGCAGACGUGCUCCAAGUCUUUGAGACGCUUCCUUCAAGGACAGAUCCUGAAGUGGGGAAGUUCACGGCAGCACACCGCCGAGCGAGCAAAACGGACAUGAAGCAUUGGCGCCAUCGCAAGGAUCGCUUGACGAUUGAGGAGUACAAUCUGGCGAAGGCUUCGUCCGUGGCAGUUCUCCAAGGCUCCGAGGAGUUCUCUGUGCCUGCAAAACUGCACUCUGAGCUGGUCAACUUCGUGCUCAAGCGCCCCCGAAUCAUUAUUGAGACGGCCAAGCUGGAGUCCAAAGACAAGUGUGUUCUGAAAGACGAGUCACUCGCUGAGAAGGAGCAGCUGAAAGAGUUCAUGAACUAUUUCAUGAAGGUGCCUGGUUACAAUGCCGGCGAUCUCGAGGGCCAAACUCUGAACUUGCCAGAGCACUGCCAAGACUAUCUGAAGAAAGUCAGCGGUUCUUCAAUGGCAGACUUGCUCAGCACUGCGGAUGAGGCAGCGGCGCACAUGGAGACGGCCACAAACCCGCCAGACUCACGCACAGCGUCGUCUUUAGAGCUGAAGUCCGAGAGAUUGCUGGCUGCGGUGAGUCGCGAUGAGGAAGCGCGAGUUCUGCUGCACAGCGACUCCUGGACGGAUGAGUCGGAGGCGGCGCGAACACAAUUCGUCUUCAUCCUCCUCUGCAUCAUCGUGGCCAUAGUUUGCUUUGUGGUGGCAGGAUUUUUGUUUGCUGGGGCCAUCGCCGGGAUAAACAGUUGCGGCGGCGAUUCAUACGGCAGCGGCUCUGGCUGCCAGGCCUUCUUUGUUUGCGGUAUUCUCGGCGGCCUGGUAAUCUUUGGUGCCUUCUGCAUGGCAUGGCCGGUGGGCCUGGCAGUGCUCAUUGGUUUAUUCGUAGCUGGAAUCGCUACCGUCGUUUCGAAGAGCAUGUUGGAGAAGCCCGAGCCCAACAUGAAGGCAUCGAAGCUACAUCGUGCAGCUGCGCAGCUCCACUUAGCGCUGAUCCACGGCAACCUACGCGCGAAGGCAGCCCAGGACAUCCUCUCUGCACUGGACUUACUGCCUUUCCGAGGUGCCUCAGCACCGACGUCCUCGAGUUCCACGCUUCUCCGCUCGCGUUUCGCUUGCCUGGACGCAGGGCAGGUGGCUCGGUCAGCCAGUUUGAGGUCUGAAGCCCUGUCUGCUUUGGCAUUUUAUUCCUCAUCCGUGCAAGAGUGA